AUGGAUCAGGCUGGGUCGUGUCUACAAGGCACGGCAUGUACAUUCUGCCACCUUCCCCACACCCGUGAACGCAAGCUUGACAAGUGGCACCGUGGUCUCCUCCACCAAAUUGACAAGACCGAUUAUCUCCGCCUGCUGCAACAGGUGAUCUGGAAGAAGUCUACAUCACUAUCUUUUCCACGCAAGCAGGAGCUCAUUGAUGUCCUCGAGCACGAGAUUGAGGUCGCUGAGAUGGACCGGAGGUCUCGUGUCAGGAGUCGAAGUGCUACACGGGCAGAACGGUCGACUGUGGUAAGGCGCUUGUCUUGCAUGUCGCUGGGAGCUUUGGUCUCGAUCGCAGCACGCGAGUGCCAGCCAGCAACCCAAGACGCCCUGUGGCAGAUUCUGGACGAGGUUCGAUAUCGCACGCAAACUGGGAAGAGCACAGCCUAG